UUGCAGGCUCGGCAGAGGGGAGCGGAGCGGAGCGGCUCCUGCCCCGCCGAGCCAGAGGCCGCGCUGCCUCCCGGGCCGCCCGGCGGGGCCCCUUUAAGCGGCGGCAGCAGCAGCAGCAGAAGCGGCGUCGUCCUUGCGCGCACAGCCGGACGGGCGAUCCGGGCGCAGCAGCAACCGCCGCAGCAGCAGACAAAGGCCGGCUUGCAGCCGAUCGGGCGCCUGCACCCGCGGGGCCGAGAGUGCCUCUGAGCAUAGGCCGAGCGCUCCCAUGGCCCGCGGGGGCGUCCGGCUGCUGCUGCUGCUGCUUCCCUCGGCGGGGCCAUGAGCUGCUCUCCGCCGGAGCCCCCGGCCGGCCAGGCCUGCGCGCUGGAAGGGCUUCCCCCGCUGCCCAAAGGGCUGAGCGGCAUCCUCAACUCCAGCGGCGGCUCGUGGCGCGAGAUCCAGAAGGUCUACAGCAAAAAGUCGCGCAUCCAGGACGACCUGCGCCAAGCCCAGGCGGCCCCCGGGGAGAAGCCGACGGCCCCGAGACCCCCCAGGCCAGCCAAUCUGGAUGCCGCGCUGGCCGUGCUGCGCAAGGAGAUGGUGGGCCUCCGACAACUAGACAUGUCUCUUCUUUGCCAGCUCUGGUCUCUGUACGAGUCCAUCCAGGAGUUCAAGAGCCUCUUCCAGGAUAUGUCAUCAUCACUCCACUCGGAAGGCAGCCUGGCAGCCGAAAACGGCUUUUCGGACGAGGAGGAAGAUUUCGACCUUGACCCGUUAAGUCCGGACGGGCCGCGGGAACCCCCUCCGGCCCCGCAGCUGCGCUUCCUCCAGCCUCAAAACUCCCGGGAUCAGUGGCUUAAGGACUCUUUCCAUAUUGCAAUCUGAGCCAGAUUGUUGGGAAAACAACAUCGGGAAAGGCCACCUGGCAUUUUAAGAUUGGAAUAAGGUAUCCUGGUUUGUUUCCGGGACAAUCCAGCCUGUUUUCAGCUUUCCACCUAGUUCCUGGGUUUUUCCCCGAUCAUAUUUCCCUCGAGACAUCUACAGGACUUCAUUGGCCUUUCCAGAAAGAGACGGUUGCAGGGACAAAAUGCAGGCAGGUGCUUCGGAGCGGGAGAGUCCCGAUUUUACAACUCAAGGGAUCCGAUUUUGAGAUUUUUCUUCUUCUUCCUUUUGCAAUCGUCUUCGCAAAAGCGUUGGGAAAGACGCAGGGAGGGUCGAAAUUAACUGGAACCUCACUUGAGUUUCCUGAAAAAUCUUUUUCCGUCUUCCAGCUUCUCUUCCCCUUUUACCCCACCCCCCAGGCCCCCCAAGGAUGUGGGGCAUUUUUCUUCCAAAUGUGGGACCCCACCGAUUUCGAUAAUUUUUGGCCCAUGUGGAGGACAAGACAACCGUUUGGAAUUGGGGCCAGAUUUUGGGGGAAUUGACCUGAAAAUGGAAAUGAAAAUGUAUUUUAUUUAUUCGGUCAAUGACCAGCAAAGUUGAUCAAAUUAACCUGUCCUUGGCGUGGAGAUGCAGGUUGCCUCGGAAGCUCUUUCGUUAUUUAAAAGAUAAGAAAGGCUUGGCUGCAUCUCUGCAACAUUCAGGCCCUUCCCUUGCCUGUUUCUUCUUUCCCUGCUGCCAGGUUUCCUGUGGCUGAAUGAAACUUGGGGUGCUGAGCCGUUUUGCUCCCCUGUGGUACGAACAGCAUCCCUUAAAGGGAGUUAAGAACUGCCACUUAGUGGCCGAGACUUUUCCAUGUCCAAAUGCCUGGGCCUGAAUACCUCCCGAUCUUACCUAAUCGGAAUCAUGAGGACUAGAAACUUAAUUUUUUUUUCUUUCUUUCUUUCUUUUUCCCCUGAAACAGGGAUGGCUAGUCCAGCUUGCAUUCAUUCUGAGGAUCCCGAAGCUUUUGGGCAAGCAAGGACCCUAAAGAUAAAACCCUUAGAGACCGUCUAUUGCAAAUGUAUUAUUUUAUUUUAUUUUUUUGCAGUGGAAACUUGCAAGAAAGGGAUGACCGGGUCGGGAUGGAUGGGUUUGUGGCGGGGGGGUGGGGGGACUCUUCUGCAGGCACCUUCUUUUUUGCUUCUGGCAUUUUGUUGCUGAAAAACCUUUAGCAUAAGCAUAGAAUAAGGGGCUGGGAGGUGUUGAAUUGCCUUCCCCUGUGGAUUUGAUUUAGCUUUGAUUUAGCAUGUCAGAAAAGCCCUUGGUUUCAGCUCUGAUUUAAGGCUUAGGAUAAGACACGUGGUGUGGUUUAUU